AUGGACCAGCCAAGGACCCACUCAGGACCCACGACGGCCAGUAAUCCUGCCCCCAGCUCCACCAACUCGUCAUCUGCUUCCACUGCGGCUAAAUCGAAGCAGGAAAGAUCCUCUUCGUCAUUAUCCAAGCCUUCGUCUGUGAUGCCUUCCAAGGAUUCACCAGAUGGUAAUGCUAUUUCGAAGACUCAAGGCGCCGCUUUGGAAAAUGAAAUGAAAAGUGGAGAUUCCAGUACACUAGAUGGCUCAUCUCAAAAUAUCAUUCCCAAUAGGGCCUCAAUGCAAAAGUACAUUGACCAAUCGUCGGAUCUGCUAUCUAGGAGUUCGGGUGUAAUAACUCCCUCCAUGUCUUUGAAUACGAGCACUGCAACCAACAAUGAUAGCAGCGUCAAUUCAGCCAGUAGCGGUAACUGUAAGAUUGCUAUAGAUAGGGACAAUACCAUAUUUAAAACUUUUGACACCAAAACUGGUCAAUUCUUGAAAAACGAUAAUAAUGAGGAAGAAAUGAGAGGAAAGAGGAAAGUUGACUCCAUACCUCCAAAGGAUAUUCACACAAAUAUUAGCAAUCCAUCUCCUUCACCACCUUCCUCUUCUCAGCAAGCUACGUCAGCCUCCGCGCCACAAUUGCCACAAGCAACACAGCAGCACCAACAACAACCAUCGGGAGAUGCUUCUAAUUUUUUAAGAAUUUUUUCGAAUAAUAAAAUGAGGUCGCAUUCCGUACCCACUAUUUUGCAUUCUUCUUUGAGAAAAUUAUCAUCUCACAAUCAGUACUAUCGUAAUCAAAAUAUUCUUUUAAAUCAUCAAACUUCUUCUGGCAUAUCGAAGAAAAAGUUCUCUAGAAACCAUCACCAACCUUAUUUGCAUUCUAAUAACCCUCUCAGUUCGAACCCUCUUUCACUAAAGCGCGCAAUAUUUUUAAAUCAACAAAUAUCCAAUAAUAGUAACACUAAUAAUGAAAACAUCAAUGAUUCCUCUACCAAUUCGAUGACAAAUCCAAAUUUUGAUUUAACUUUGGAAGAUAGAAUAAAAUACAUAAAGGCCACGCCCACACCUGUUCCGUUUCCUCCAAUAAAUUUACAGGGUUUAAAGGAAAUUGACCUACAAGAAAUCUUGAAAAACCCACAGUUAAGACACGAUAUCAUAUUUGACCCACUAUUGCAAUUCAGACCAAACCUUGACGGUGAAAGAGGGAACAAAAAAAGACAAUUGGCUAAUAUUUACUGGAACGACGUUCAAAAUGAAAUCUACGUUUAUUCCAAGAAGCCUGAGAUAUUCCAAUACAAUAGGUCAAGACUAGUUCCACUUUUUGAUACUUUAAGGGAUGUAUUAUUAACCAUAGUUCCGCAAAAAGAGUCUCCGAUGAUAAAUAAUGUAUUGGACACGGAAUUGAACAUUCAAGAGCUAUUAAAAGGCUCGCUGAUAAUGUCGAACUUGUCGGGCUGGUUGGCUGACUUAUUCAAACACCAUUGUGCCCCAAUGAGAGAUCCAUGGGUAGAUAAGAUGAGUAACAAAUUUAAAGAGGCUGAAAGAGAUUAUUCUUUGACCAGAUUAAUAGAAGGUUUAAGGUUAGUCUUCCAAAUUUUGGAAACGAUGAAACUAGAUAUUGCCAACCAUCAAAUUAGAAUUCUAAGGCCAGCUUUAUUGAGUAAUGCUGUAGAAUUUGAAAAGCAGUAUUUCGACACCCUUAUAGCCUCUAAAAGAGUCAAUUUAAAUACUUCACUACUCUGGUUUGAUAAAAAAUUCAACGAGAAUGUUUCCAUGGGCUUUGUUAACAAUUCAAAUUCCAUCACUAUCCCUGACGUCUACAAUAUUUGCAUCAGGAGUAUCAUCAACCUAUUAUCGUGCAGAAAAAUGGUUAGAGAGUAUCCAACUCCGCUUUCCUUUGAUCAUGCAAGAUUGAUCCUCUUACGUGCCGACAUUCGUCAAAUUGUCUGCAUUUUAGUUUGCCGUCUGCUUUUCCAACAGUUAGUGGCCAACGAUUCUUCAAUGGAUACAGCUACAAAGGAAUACGUCAUCCACACAUAUGCGACUAAAAGAUUGAAGAACGAGAUUAUCAGCAUUAUCACAGAUGAACAUGGCAAUUGUAGAUGGACAAAAAAUACGAUGUCUAUAGCUAUUCAUCUUUGUAAAGUUAUCGACGAUCUUCACAAAGAAUAUGACAACGACAAUAAUGGCGGUUAUGAAAAACCCGCGGCAUCUCAAUUGCCUUCAUUGGACAAUGCAAAAAUUGCAUUUGCUAAAUCAUGGUUAUCUAAACAAACCCAACCUCUUAGUGAAGUUUAUGGUGUACUAGAGAAUAGAGUGUUUAAAUCAUUGGAGAACGCCAUUUUCAAUAGAUCCGAGUGCACCAUCGAUGGACGCGUCAAGCAAGAUUUCGUAUAUCUUUACAAUACAAAUAAUGGAAACGUAGGUGGUACAAGCACCUUAGCUACCACUACGGAUACCGCUAGCGUCAAAAUCAGCCCGUCUUUAAUGUCUCCUUCUAAAACCUCCACCACUGCACCUACCGGUAAUGCGGCUACAUCUAGGGGUUUAUUCGCAGCAACAGAGCUGGAAGAAUUUGAUAACGUCUAUCGCCAUUUAUAUGCAUUAAUAAACCUUCAUUGGUCCGUGUUUGGUCCUCAUUACACUGAAAUGUUGGGAGAGAAAGUUAAUAAAAAAGGAAUAUAA